UAAUAAGCCUCCUCUCUCUCUUGUCAUAAAAAGGGACCAAAGUCCCAAUCUUUUUCUCUCAAAUUCCCAACUUGGCCUCUGUUUUUCAUGUUUGCUUUCUUUAUGUUCACUUUCUCUUCCUCCUCUUCUCUGAAAAAACAUUUGAUACUUCCAAAGUUUUCUCUCACAAACAGCAAGAACACAAAAAUGUAUGCAGAUUCUGGGUUAAUGAUCAGUUACAUGCAUAAUUGUCCACCAGAUUUUCAACAAAUUGAAGACCUCUUCAAAUCAUACAAGCUCUCUGAUGAUGAAAUGAACAACGCUUUUGCUAAGUCAACAAACAUAACUGACUAUGACCUUGGAGAAGAAGGAGAUCUAUUCAAAGCUCCUGAUCCAAUUCUUGAAGAGCCAAUCUUAGCCGUUGAUCCACUCUCAGCUGCUUUGACAAUGAUCUCUUGCGGCGAAGACUCUUCGCAAGGGCUUUGCGAGCUUCCUGAUCUAGGGUCACUUCAGAGUGGCCAAGAGCUUCUUGACAAAGCCUUUUAUGAGUGUGAGCAAGAUCUCAUGAUGAAGUCAGCUAUGGAGCCUUCAUUCUCUGAUGUCUUAGACGUCAAGAACAUAUCUCUGAUCACCACUGAGAGCCAGGAUUUGCAGAAGAGCGUUAGCUCGGAGAAUUUGAGCUCUAUGGGUUGGUCACAGAAUCAAGAAGCAGUUGUGGUUCAGAACUUCCCUGAUUUUUCUCAGUUGGAUUUUGGUUAUGUUAAUGGGAUGCGACGAGCCUUUAGUGAAGGCGACAUACAGAAACUUGGGACUGGCCAUUUUCAAUCUCCACUGGAUAUGAUUAUUGUGAGCUGUACUUCAGAUGAUAGACGUGAGAAGCUGUCUCGAUACAGGAACAAGAAGAGCAGGCGAAACUUCGGACGCAAAAUCAAGUAUGCUUGUAGGAAAGCUCUUGCAGAUAGCCAACCAAGGAUCCGAGGAAGGUUUGCCAAAACAGAGGAGAGGAAGUAGAAUGAGUUCAAAAGAAUUGGAUGGGACUGCAGAAAGUUGAAGAAUGAGGAGAUAAGGAUCAUGUCACUAGAAACUAGUUUUGUUUUAUAUAUAAUGUAUAAUGAUGUUAUGAGCAUUUAAUUAGUUUUUGUAUAUAAAGGGUUUCUCUAAAAUAAGCUUUUUUUAAGGAAAGAAAAAUUGUAGCUACAGAAGUUAUGUAAUGGUGAUGUGAGAUGUGUAGAUA